AUGCCUCUCUUCGCGUCUAGUGGGGAUAGUCCCAUGCCCCUCGAGGAGACGUCAUCCUCACGCUGGACUCGUUUCGCCGACCGUUUAAAGGGGUCAUUCAACGGUGCAGACCCAAGGGUCUGUAUCGCAUUUUGGCUGUUCGGUCUUAUCAACAAUGUCCUCUAUGUGAUCCUACUCUCCGCAGCUCUAGAUCUGGUCGGUCCCGAUGUUCCCAAAGGAAUCGUCCUCCUCGCCGAUAUCAUUCCAGCUUUUACAACUAAGCUGAUCGCCCCAUACUUCAUCCACAUGGUCCCGUACUCUAUCCGCGUCAUCGUCUUCGUGGUCCUAUCUGUUGUUGGCAUGGUCAUUGUGGCAUUGAGUCCAAGCUAUACAGAGGGUGGUACAAUCACAUCGAAGAUCAUCGGGAUAGUUCUGGCUAGUUUCUCUGCUGGUGGUGGAGAGCUAAGCUUCAUGGGACUGACCCAUUUCUACGGACCGUUCAGCUUGGCGGCUUGGAGCAGUGGCACCGGAGCAGCCGGCUUGGUUGGAGCUGGGGCUUAUGCGUUGGCUACCAAUACAAUUGGUCUUUCGGUGCAUGUUACUCUCUUUGCUUCUGCUGCUCUGCCCUUUCUUAUGGCAGUGAGUUUCUUUGCUGUCUUGCCGCGUGACCCGUUGCAAGCUUCAACACCCGUGAUCGAUAGAUACCGAGCUGUGGAACGGGCUGAACAAGGCGAACGGCUAAAUGCGGAAGAUAACGAAGAGGAUGGACUUGAGUCGGAGCGUGAAGAGUCGGAGGGACUGCUCGGUGCAUCUGGUGCUUCGGCAGAUACACAGAAAUCUGGUCGGGUUAAUGCAGACUCCCGUUUGUGGGAUAAGACGCGAAAGAACCUGAAACGACUCGCAAAGCUAUUUUUUCCUUUUAUGCUCCCUCUGCUUGUGGUAUUUAUCGCCGAGUACGUGAUCAACCAGGGUGUUGCACCAACCCUACUUUUCCCUCUAUAUACCACUCCUUUCGACGACUUUCGUUCCUUCUACCCGGCCUAUAACGCGAUCUACCAGGCUGGAGUCUUUGUUUCACGUUCCUCUACUCCGUUCUUCCGCAUCCACUGGCUCUACGUCCCCUCUAUAUUGCAAGUGCUGAACCUGGUCCUGCUCAGCCUGCACUCCAUGUACAACUUUAUUCCUAAUGUUUAUAUUGUCUUCCUGGUGGUCUUCUGGGAAGGUCUCUUGGGUGGAUUGGUAUAUGUCAAUACCUUUGCGGAAAUUAGCGACCGUGUUCCAGAAGACGAGCGUGAGUUCUCCCUUGGUGCUACAACCGUCAGUGACUCGGCUGGUAUUUGCAUUGCUGGCUUUGUUACCCUGAAUAUUGACCGAAUUCUUCUAGACCACGUCUUGGGACGGCCCUCGACCAGAUUCCGCAAAAUCCAGGUCUUUGCUGUGGUGUCGUUCUGGUCGAUUUAUUUACUACGUGGGAACAAACAUGGGCCCCCUCUACUACGAGCUCUCUCCACCCGAUUCACUCAUAAAUUAACCGCCUGGCAGACGACCGUUGUCAUUUUUCUAUGGCUUUAUGUUUGCAGGAAUUUUGCGAAGAUCGUGGGACUGGAAUGUCCAGAACCUUUAGCACACCUUUAUUCACGUUCCUUCUUUCGAGCAACAUGGAUUGCAACAGGGUUAGAUGCGGGGUUCUGGACAGCCAUGAAGAUCAAACCAAAAUGGCUGAGAGAUAUUGCCUCCUUGGUAUUCACUGUCUACUACCUGAUUGCAGCGGAGCAGGCCGACGAGAAGGUGCGUCGAGUCCGCGCAACGCUGACUUUGGAGCACUUGCGCGUCUCUUGGAACAAAGCAACUACGCCGUACCUAUGGACCAUGGCGAGUUUGAUGCGCCCUCGCCUAACAGGGUACUCCCCACGAGCUAUCCGGAUUCCUCGACCAAAGCAAUCUGUUCAUAGUGAUCCCGUCAGUGCAUGGCUUUACUUUGAUGGGCCGCUGAGCGCAUUGAAAGACCAGACCUGUAUUAUCUUGGAUGUACCGGGUGGUGGCUUUGUUGCAAUGGGACCCCGAAACUCUGAAGAUAAGCUGGCUUCUUGGGCCGGGCAAUUGAAAGUUCCAGUCCUGAGCGUUGAUUAUAAGAAAGCACCGGAGUAUGCGUACCCGUAUGCCUUGCAUGAAUGCUAUGAUGUCUACCAUACCAUCAUAUCCACCCGCGGACGCUGUGUUGGAUUUAGUGGCCAGACCCGCCCACGCAUAGUUGUCACAGGCGAAAGCGCAGGAGGCAACUUAGCUGUGAGUAUGGUCCUGAUGGUUCUACAGUCGACCAUGGGACAUGAUUGGCGAAGUGGAGAGGGACUACCACGGCCUGAUGGUUUGGUACUGGCUUAUCCGGCCCUUAACAUGAGGGUAGAAAGCUGGAUGACCGAUGAGCAGAUGUCAUUGAUACAGGAUAAGAGCACGCGUCAGACAAACCGAAGUGUGCUACAACGGAAGCAGGAUGAAUACCGCAAGCUCACACCAUAUACCUCACCAGGCCAUUCGGUUGAAAACCUGACAUCCCUCUCACCACCAAAACCAGAAACAAACCAGGAGACAAAUAUCGCUGCAGAGACCUCUAAAGCGCUACGUGAAAAGUUGAAGAAGAGUGAAGAGCUCAAUGGAAAUACCAAAUCGCCCGCAGAUAGCGAAGUAAACCCACUGCAGACUCGAUUGGCAGUUUCCUCCAUGAUCUCCUACGUCCAUGACAGAAUCCUCACUCCAGAAAUGAUGCGAGCCAUGAUUAUUCUCUACAUUGGCCCCCACCAGCGGCCAGACUUCAAUACUGAUUUCUAUCUCUCCCCGGUGCUAGCUCCAGAUGCACUGCUUGCCCGAUUUCCCAAGACAUACAUCUUCACAGGUGAACGUGACCCACUAGUUGACGACACGGUUAUCUUUGCAGGUAGAUUGCGCCAAGCAAAAUUGCAGUAUUUCCAUGAGCGACUGGAACUCGGGCUUGAGAAGUCCCGAUGGCAGUUCCGAGAAAAGGAUCAUGUCGAGGUAUCCUUGAUUCCGGGGGUAUCACACGGCUUCCUCCAAAUGGCAGGGUUUUAUCCCGAAGCAUGGAAGUACAUUAAGCGCAGUGCAUCAUGGAUAGAGACCCUAUUUGAGAUAUCCGAGCUACAGGAGUCUCAGUACAGUCUUCUUCAGAUGUCUGGAAGCUCAGCACCGAAUACUUCGAUGAAAGGAAAUGGACAUAUGCAAAGCAAGGAGAACAUACCAGCAAGUUAUCGCAGAAACCAUCAUCGUAGCAUCACCGGAGAGUCAUCUGGAGAUGAUGACAAACCACUGGAGAUUGGAAUGACCAAAAUGAACUCCUCGACCGAUGAGGAUAUCUUUUCUGAGUCAAACCUAGCAAACCGACGCAAGAAGUCUCACUUCACAUCUUCUCGAAUCGCGGGACUGACCGCUCACGAUGAUGAAUUUGAGACUAGAUCUGAAACAGGAGGCGAGUUCCUGGCACGGCUCAAGCAUCUGGAGAUGAAGUAUAAGAGCUAUGAGGUCAUCGGCCCAGAUGAAGUGAAUAGUGCACCAGAAAGUCCUUUUGCAUUACGUCCUCGUGGAAGAAGCAUGACAUCCCUUGCUAGUGAGGAGGAUUUACUGGAUCGUCGCAUGAAUGGCAUUACAGGUGGGCUUAUGGGUCUGAGUGAAAGAGCACAGACCCCAGGGCCCUGA